UUAACUCUGUUUAAAUCUGCAACAUUUCACAUAAAAGAUCAACAAUCUUUACGAACCUAUAAAUGAGAGCUGAGAAAAAUAGAAGGCCUUCAAUCGACGAUGCAUCGGCCAUGGAACUCCUUCAGUUGCAAGAAGCAGCUAAAAUUGCAAGCAUUUAUCAUAAAGGGGACCUGGAAUUCACCAGAAAUACGAAUCUCACUCAUGUUGUACAUGCCACCCUAAAUAUUGUUCAAUUUAUAACAGCUUUAAUGGAUGAAAUUUUUCAUCAUUUACAUCAUGCGAUUCACCACCAUCGCCAAAAACAGGAUCCUACUCUUGCAGACUUACCCGAAGAGAGAAAUCCGAUUUUUUUUGUUUAUCCACUCUGCAUGGUUAUCAGUUUUAUUCUUGCUAUCCUGUGGCUCUUCACCAAACUUUUAAAUCGAUAUUCAAUAAUCGCUCCUGUCGGAUGUGCAAUUGGGGGCUUUUUGAUGUUCCUCGGUGGUAUUUUCUCUAUGCGACAUGCCGAAAAACACAUCAAUCUCAAUGAAGUGUCUGACGAAGAAUUGAUCAACCAUCCAAUAUUUAUCCACAAUUUUAUACUUUGUGUCAUUUCAAUUUUCGGAAUGAUAAUAUAUUCCAUUCAGUUUUGGAUUUUAUAUGAUUUCUGGAGACUGGAAAAACUGAAGCAAGAACCUACAUUAGAAUCGUCUAAUCCAGAAAGUGACCAAUCCACUUUCACUUCAGAAUCAAAUUCGGAUGAAUCUCAGAUUAGUGACAAAUCAGAGGAAAAAGAUGAUAGAGAAAAAAUGGAAAGUGUUGGACAUCCUCAUCCCAUUCCUGAAUUAGAUUCUUUAUCUCUCCGUUCUGUAACUGUUAAAGAAAAUCCGAAUGAUGAGCCAGCGAUUCUUUAUUGCUGUUUGGUUGAUUGUUACAAUUACGUGAAAAUAGCAUAUGGUACUCAAAAACCUAACCAUGAAUUUCAAGUGAUACACGUGAUGUGAAAAUGAUCUCUGAAAGAAAAUCAAAAACCCGUGAUGGUCAGAAUUUUUCAAUCAUUUUCAAUAUGGACUGUGAGCUUUUUA